AAAACAAAAAAAACCAUUUUUAUUUAUUUAUUUUCCCCAUCAUUCCUCGUCUUUGGAAGUCGUCAAGCAUUUGAUUAAGCAAUACGAACAUGGCGAGUCCAACGGACGGUGACUGCCUCAAUGAUCCCAACUUCGCUGUUAUCUGUUCCUUUAUAGACAAAUUUGGGGAUAAACUAAUACUUCCAGAGAUAUCGUUCGAGGAUCUACAGGAAUCCAUUGAAAACACCAAGGCAGCUUCUGACCUUCUCAUUGAUCUGCAUGUUCACUUACUCCGACGUAUUGGUAAGAAGGUAAACACAGAAAAAUGGCAACGCAGCAUAGUAAAGUUUUGCCAUUACUUUGAUAAUGCUGAUGCAUGGGAAAUUGAACAAAAUGGUUAUGAAAAUGUCAAAGUCAGCACCAAAUUAAAAAUCUUAAAGAAUCUGCUAGAAACUCAGUUUGAUUUGAACUUGAAGUUUCGUGAAAAGAUCAGUGAUUAUGAACCUAAUCAGCUCCGCUGCCAACCUCUUGGUCGAGAUAUAAAUGGAGGCUCCUAUUGGUAUUUAAUUGACAAAGAUUUAAAUCUGCGUAUUUAUCGCGAAGAUCACCCAACCAUAAAAGAAGAGGAUGAAGUCUGGAGAGUCAUAUGCAAGGAUCGCGAUGAUCUUGCUGGUUUGGUUGCUAUCUUGGAUUCUGAGAUAAAUUCCAAUAAAGAACAGACUGAAACUGACAAUAAAGAUGGAACCAAAGAAAUGGAAACUUCUGAAUCUCAGGUGAAACCUGAUAUAAAACAACCUCUCACAGUAGACGAGUUGCUGGAUUCGUCACUGAAAAAAACAGAGCAUUUUAAAGUUAACCCAAUUAUUAUCAAGUCCGAAGGAGACGGCAGUCACGGAAAGAAAAAGUACGAAAUCAGCGAAAAGGUUAGGGAUGCGACAGAGGAAUGCAAAGUUCUUGUGAAACCUUUGGCAGAAGGCAGCUAUGUGAAAGUGGAGCCUCCCGAUGAUGGAUUUUACAAAAUAUCCAAGCCCACCACCACUUCUGCUGCUACUUCUGCUGACAAGAAAGACUCGGAGAUCCAUAAAAUAAAUGACGGUUGCCGAGGUCUCAAAAUUGUGCUCAAAAAAGAUGAUGCACAGAAUAUUAGUGGUGACGACAGCUAUGAAAUAAAAGAACCACCUGUGGCAAACAAAGAUCGCGUCUCUGUAGAUACUUCAGCCGUCACGGAAAAGCUGGCUGAUAGCGAGCGGGAUGAGGAAGCAGAGAAGUCCAAAGAUGAAGGUGAUAAGAAAGGCAUUGUUAGCAAGGUGAAAGAAGAAGAUGCUGAAGGAAAAGAUGAGUCCAAAGGCAUUGACAGGAAGGAGGAGCGCGUUGCCAAUGAGGCAAAGGGUGACAAGCUGAAAGAGAAGGAUGUAAAGAAUGCCGUUGCUAAGGAGGGCAAAGAGGAAAUGGCCAAAACAGUUAGUGGAGCAAAAGAUGAUGCUUUGCAAGUGAAAGAAGCAAAGGGGGAGAGAUCGGAAGCGAAGGCAGUUAAAAGCUCAGGAGAGGACAAAAGUGAUGCCAGUACAGAGGUGAAAGAUGAAAAGGCAGAACAGAAGACAAAAGACAAGGAAGGCAAGAUGGGAGGGGAUAAGGUACAAGAGAAGAAAGAUUCUGUUGAAAGUGAAAGGAAAAGUGAAAAGUUGCAGGAUGAUAAAGAUAAAGAGAUUAAAGGCGGGAAGUCAAACGAUGACAAAGAAAUGAAGAUGAAAGGUGAAGAGUUGCAAGAAAAGAAAGAUAAAGAUAAGAAUAAAAUAGAGCUGAAAGGUGAGGAGAAGAAGGAGAAAGAUGUGACAAAACUUGGUGGUAAAGGAGAAAAGAUGCAAGAGGAAAAAGACACGGAUAAAACUGAGGUGAAAAGUGAAAAGUCCCAAAAAAAGAAAGAGAAAAGUGAGGACGGGGGUGAAAUGUCACGGGAUAAAAAAGAAAAAGGGUCUGUUGAAAUUAAGGUCAAAGGUGACCAGUCGCAGGAAGGAAAAGAUAAGGACGGUAGUAACGUCGAGGUAAAGGAUGAAGAUUCACAGAGAAACAAAGAUAAGGACUCAACUAAAAAUGAGGUCAGAGGUGAACUGUCGCAAAGUAAGAAGGAUAAAGAGGGUAUUGCCGAUGAAAGCAAAUCGGAGCAGGAGAAGAAAGACAAGCUCGGCAUUGAAGCAAAAGCUGAGAAGCGGAAGCUGGCCGGCUCCGAGGAGCCUGGGGUGGAGAGUAAAAGUCGGAGAGAAUGUAGUAAAAGCGGGUCUUCUGACUCUAGUACUACAACUUCUAUUGGUGGUGGUAGCAGCAGUAGUAGUAGUAGUAGCAGUAGUAGUAGUAGUGGCAGUUCUUCGUCUGCAAAAGUACCUGUCACCAUUAAUCUUGAUUCCGAGGAGAAGCCAAUCAACUUUCGCCGAGAAAGUGUUAUAAAGAUUGGCAAAAGACUUGACAAAGUGACGAACGAGGACGUCCCCCUCUCGAAGAAACCUGGUGACAGCAAGGAGAGCAGUUCAACCACUUCCAAAGAACAGUCGGGUUCUAGUGGAAAGGAAUCAAAAGAUAUCGACCAGUCCAAGCCCGUUGCCCCAAUAGAUCUGAGUAAUAAGAACAGAGACGGUAGUGGAAGCAUUGUCAGCUCAAGUUCCAGUUCAAGCCAGUUACUUAAAAUUGCGGAUAAGCUUCAUGCUAAGAAUUUGUGCAAACAGAAUGAAGGAAAGGAUGACAGUAAAGCAGUUGUGAACAGUAGUAAAGAAGUGAGCAAAAAGGCGGAGGGAAAGGAUAUCGGUAAAGAAGAAAAGAAAGAAAAGCAGGAAUCCGGUUCUUUGUCCGAUACGAAAUCUGUCCAGGAACCAUCAAAAUCCACAGAGAGUCAGCCACCAUCUGAUACAAAGCAAAAGCAGCCUACUGAGAAACCUGGUGAGACAUCAUCUUUGAAAUCAUCCGGUUCCAGUAGUGAUAAGAAUGUCAAGGAAAACAAGGAAUCCAGUAGUUCCAAGAAGCUUUCCAAAGACACAAGCGAGAAAGAUAAGUCGGCCUCUGAUGUGAAAAAGGACAGUUCGAAAUCUCAAAGUAAACCGAAGUCUGAUGAGAGUGGCAGUGAUGUUUCUAAGAAGUUAGAUGAGAAGAAGUUACAGAAAGGGGAUGACACAUCAAAGAAAGAGACGAGUGGCGCAGGAGAAGUAAAUGUGAAAUCCAAGAAAGACGACAACGCAUCCGGUUCUUCAAACGACUCAAAUAUCCGUACUGAAUUAAAAACUAGCAAGAAGGGAGAAGAGAAACUGAAGACUAAGGCCGCUGAGGUUCAUAGUGACGAUGAAGACAGUUCGGAAGUGGUAGACAGUGCCAGCAGUUCAGAAAAGAAAACCUCUUCUGAAGACAAAAAUAAAGAGCCUGAAAAUAAGGAGAACCUUAAAAGUAGCAGUUCAAAGCAAUCCGAGGAGAAAAAAGCGGAGAGCAUUCCGAAAUCUGAGGGGUCUGCCGAAUCAUCGAAAGAUAAGAAGUCGGUUGUCUCAGAAGUAACCAACCAAAGUAAGGGCACGGAAAAAGAUGUAUCCGACGAGAAAACCGAGAAGAAAGUUGCUAAAAGGAAGCUGUCUCUAAGUAAGCCAGAGUGUGGAGGAAUGGAGUUGGAUAAUCAACAAGAAGACCCAGUCGACAAACUACAGAAAAGCAGUGAUUAUUUAGGUGAGGAUAACGUGCAGAAGUCUGCAUCAUCAGCUAAAUGUGAUAGAACAAACGAGAAAUCUAAUGCAACUUCUUUGGACGGGGAUGCUGGCAAAGAAGAAGAAAUGCUACCUGAUGAUGGUGCAGAUGACAAGAACGACUGUACUCGGAUGCGUAAAAGGAAAGCAUCUGAUAAACCACCGAUAACGAUACCUUCUGCUAAAAAUGAAAGGAAAGUAACUCCUGAAGAAUCUUGUGUUAAUGCUCAGACAAAGGAACAUUCUGAGCAGACAACCGAGGAAUUAGACACAGCUGUUUCUAAGGCAGAGGCUGAUGGCUCUGUAAAAGAGGCUGACAGCUCUGCAAAAGAAGCUGAUGGUUCUGUUAAAAAAACUGAUGAUUCUGCAAAAGAUGCUGAUAGUUCUGUGAAAGAAGCUGGCAGCGAUGCCGAAGAGGGUAAUCUUCGGUCGUCUCGUCGACUUCGGGCGAGGAGAAAACAGAGUUACGCUCCCACUCCUGCACCAGAAGCUGAGAAGAAAAAGAAAGGCAAGGAGUCAACAGUGAAUGGCAAUAGUGGCGCUACUGAAAUCGAAGAUGCUGCAGAUGCGAAACGAACUCGAUCUCGGAGGCGAACAGAAGCCGAGUUAGUGUGUACAGAUUUAAUCAUUCCCGAUGACGAGAAGCGGACGCGAGGCAAGAAACGUCAAAACAGCCUUCUUGAGGACCUUGCCGGUGCAGAGGAGACCCCUGAAGAAAUCGAGCCUAAGAAAGCCAAGAACUCCAAAAGCUUUCGCAAAACUAAAUCACGCUUGAAAGACGGAGACGAUAUGCUGAGUUCGCAGUCGGACAGCGAUGAUAUGCCUUUGAGUAAAGUGACAAAGGGUCGCAAGAAUCGUCCCAAAGGUAAAGGACGCAACAAAAAUUCUCGGCAGCCACUAACAGUCCUCGAAGAUUCAGCUUCAGCUUCUCCUACUAGAAAAAGCACUCGCAACGUUAAGAAAAAAGACUACGAUGAUGGUGACUACGAGGCUUGUCUGACAGGACGGUACUCAUCCAACGGGCGUGGCAAGCAAGGGCGAGGUGCCGUUGCAGUUUCAGUCAAGGGCAAGAAGCAGGGCAAGAAGCGCAGCAGCUCCGUCGAGUCCGACAAGUGGGUGUCGGACAAAACGGAGGAAGAAGAGGAAGAAGAAGAUGACGACGAGGAAGAGGAGCUGUUCGUUGGAGAACUGCUCCGUAGGAGUACUCGCGUACGCCGUCCGGUUGGUACCAAGAACAAGUUGCUCUGCCUUGGCACUUCCAGCGAUGAAUGCAAAUCGGAAGAGACCAAUGAAGACGACACGAGUGACGAAGAGUUCCUGCUACCAAAGGGCAGAAAUGCUCGGAGAGCUGCAGCACGAUCAGAAUUUCAUAUAUUCUCAGGUGCUAAAGAAGCUGAAAAGGUAGAAGAUACCGAAAACGAUAAACCUUGUUCCAAAUGUCAGCAAUUUGACCGACCAGAAACGAUCCUGCUCUGCGACAAGUGUGAUGCUGGUUAUCACACUCUCUGCAUCCACCCUCCACUGUUUGUCAUUCCUGAAGGAGACUGGUUCUGUCCACCUUGUGAGCAUAAAAUGUUAUUAGAAAAACUGAUGACUAAUCUGCAAGAACUUGAUCUCCAGUUAAAGAAAAGGGAAAGAUUAAUGAAGAGAAAGGAGAGGCUGGCUUUUGUUGGUAUUAGCUUGGAUAAUAUUUUAUCUGAAAGAAAAGAAAAUAUGGAGCCUAAUGUAGAAUGUCAAGGCCAAUCAGUUUCUGGUACUCGAACAUGUCGCGCACGUCGAUCAAUCAACUACAAAUUUACUGAGUUUGACGAGCUUAUUGACAGCGCUAUCCAGGACGAUAUGAAAAACGCGAAAGAUGCUUCGGCUGCAGAAUGUAAUGAAGAUGAAGAGUCACAUAGUGGUAAAGACAUGUCGAACUUCAGCUCACGGGAAGCUCCUGUCAGCAAGGGCAAAGACAUGGACACUAUAAUGACAGUGUAUAGUGAAAGCAAUGACCUUCGACCCCAAGGAAUCCAAGCCAAAAAGGAAGCUGGUCGUCGCCGAGGAAAGGACAUCUCUAAUCUCGUGGGUAAAGGAAGCGACAGCGACGAACAGUAUCCUGCACCUCGCAAAAGGCGGCCUAGGAGAAAGCUAACCACUCUAGACAGUGACAGUUACGGCUCCGAUAGUGAAGAGUACAAAGCUUCCGAGGAAUCUGACCCUUCUGUUGAAGAUCUUGAUCUGAGUGAUUAUUCAGAGGAAGAGGAAGAUGACGACGAUGACGAUGAUGAAGACUAUGGUACCAGGCGUCGAUCGACUCGCUCAACAACCAGACAGAAUACCCGUGCCAGUCAAAAGUCAUCGAGAGUUCAUGCACGGAGAAGCCGGCGACGUAACUUUGAUGACUUCGUGGUUGACGAUGAUUAUGACUCUGAUGACAGUGGGAAUUACCGUAGGUCCACGAGAGCAUCGGUGAAGCGCAAAGUUAACUACCGCGAGAAAUUCAGCGACGAGGAGGAGGAAAUGACACCGUCUGAGGAAAGCGAAGCGAACAGCGAAGAUUUCUCUGACCUCGCGUCCGACGACAGCGUGAAACCGAACAAGAAGCUAAAACUUAAACUGGAGAAAAAGAAACUCAAGAAGUCGAAACGAGUGAUUCGCAAAAACUUCUCUGACGACGACGACGAUGACGAUGACGUCGAUGAUAAAGCAGACGAUGGGAUAAAUGACGAAGAAGACACUGACAGAGGCAGUAAGAAGAAGAAGAGGAAGAGCCAACAGCAGUUUUCAUCUUCCCAUGACAACAGUGCUGAGAGCGAUGAUGAGCUGAAGAGCAAGAAGAAAGCUGGUAGGAAGAGGCGUCUGGCUGUCAGCGACAGCGAUUCUUCUUCUUCAUCUUCUUCUUCGAGCACUCGGUCGCAGAACCGGGUCCGCCGCUCCCACCGCUCUUCAACGCUGAAAGUGAAUUUUAAGAAGCUGCUAGAUUCAGAUUCCGAAGAAGAUUCUGGAAACAUCGAGCGAAAAUACAUUCUCAGCAAACUUAAAAAGAACACCAUUGUGUCCGACUCCGACUCCAUCGCGUCGGACGAUAAGUCGAGCAUAAAGAACGAUGACGACGAUGACGAGGGCGGUGGUCGUGAGAAUAAAGAUAGCGGCAGUAACAGAAUGGACAUUGAUGAUGUUGGGGUGGAGGCUAAAAAGGAGGGCAAGCCUGUCGGCAACAGAAAUGCGGAUGCGGUUAUGAAACCUGCAACAGCAGCAGUACCACCACCACCAACAACAACAGCAGCAAUGCUAACAACACCAACAGCAACAACAACAGCUGCACCACCACCAUCAACAACAACAACAACAAAAAUGACCACAGCGACAUCACUACCACCAACAGUAACACCAACAACUGUGGAAAAACCAACACCUGCAGUAAAAGCAACAGCGGCAGCAGCAGAGAAAACUGCAUCGGUUGCACCUGUAAAAAAAGUUGCACAAGCUGCAGAAAAAGAAGCAACUGCAGCACCUGCAAAAUCUCAUGCAGCAGUACCUGAAAAAGCUGCUGCAGCAGCAAUACCUGCAGAAAAAUCUGCUGCAGUGUCGGAAAAAACUGAUACAGCAACACCUGCAAAAACCGCUCCAGAUGUACAAACUGCGAAAACUACUCCAGUAGUAAAAACUGAUACAGAAACACCUGUGAAAACACCUGCUACAAAAACUGAUACAGCAGCAUCGGGAAAAACUGCUUCAGUAGCACCUGCGAAAACAGAUAUGGCAGCAUCAGCAAAAACAGCUUCAGUGGCACCGAUGAAGACUGAUACAACAGCAUCAGUGAAAACAGAUCCUUCUGUGCCAGUAAAAGCUGAUAGUAUAGCAGCAUCAUCAAAAUCUGCGAAGGCAGCACCUGUAAAAACUGUUUCGGGAACACCUGGAAAAACCGCUUGUGCAGCACCAGAAAAUGCAGAUGCAGUAAUACCUGCAAAAAUUGCUAAAACAUCUCUUUCAGAAACUGAUUCAGCUACACCUGCAAAAACUGCAAAAUUAGCACCUGCAAAAGCAUCUGCGUCAUCACCUGUGAAAGCACCUGGGAAAACUGAUGCUGCAGCUCCAGUUAAAUCUGAUACUGCGGCGCCUACCAAAAUUGACACAGCAGCAAAAGCUGUUUCAGCGCCAUCUACAAAGUCAUCUGCAGCCACUCCUGCAAAAACACCAACUGCUACCAAUGCAAAAUCAACUGCAGACACACCUUCCAAAUCAGCUGCAGACACACCUGCAAAAUCCGCUGCAGACACACCUGCAAAAUCAGCUGUAGCCACACCUGCAAAGUUAGCUGUAACUACUCCUGCAAAAGCAGCUGCAGAUUCACCUGCAAAGGAAUCUGCAGACUCAUCUGCAAAAACGGUUGCUGCCAUGCCUGCAAAAACAGUUUCAGAACCGCGUGCAAAAACAAUUUCAGAUACACCUCCGAAAACAGUUUCAGAUUCGCCUGUGAAAACAGUUACAGAUUCAACUGCGAAAAAGGCUGCAGCCACUCCUGCAAAAACGCCUGCAGACUCACCUGCGAAAACAACUGCAACGACACCUGCAAAAACAAGUGCAACCACACCUGCAAAAACAGGUGCAAACACACCUGCAAAAACAAGUGCAACCACACCUGCAAAAACAGCUUCAGACUCACCUGCAAAAACAGCUGUAUCUACACCUGCAAAGACAGCUGCAGAUUCUUCUGCAAAAACUGCAAUUUUUCCUGCAAAAACUGCUGUCUUUCCUGCAAAAAGUGCAGUCUUUCCUGCAAAAAGUGCAGUCUUUCCUGCAAAAAGUGCGGUCUUUCCUGCAAAAAGUGCAGUCUUUCCUGCAAAAAGUGCAGUUUUUCCUGCAAAAACAGCUGCAUCCACACCUUCAAAAACAGCUUCAGGGUCACCUGCGAAAUCAGCUGUAUCUACACCUGCAAAGACAGCUGCAGAUUCAUCUGCAAAAACAGUUUCAUCUACAUCUGCAAAGACAACUGCAGAUUCAUCUGCAAAAACAGGUGCAUCUACAUCUUCGAAAACAGGUUCAGCCACUCCUGUGAAAGCAGCUUCAGACUCCUCUGCAAAGGCAGUUUCAGAUUCACCCACAAAAACAGUUGCAAAGACAAGUGCGGAUUCAUCUGCAAAAACAGCUGCAUCUACACCUGCAAAGACAUCUGCAGAUUCAUCUGCAAAAACAGGUGCAUCCACAUCUGCAAAGACAUCUGCAGAUUCAUCUACGAAAACAGGUGCAUCCACAUCUGCAAAGACACCUGCAGAUUCAUCUACACCUUCAAAAACAAGUGCAACCACACCUGCUAAAGCAGCUUCAGACUCAUCUGCCAAAAAACCUGCAGCCAUAUUUCCGAAAACAUCUGCAAAGACUGCUGCAGAUUCAUCUGCAAAAACAGGCACACCUGCAAAGACAGCUGCAGAUUCAUCUGCAAAAACAGGCACACCUGCAAAGUCAGCUGCAGAUUCAUCUGCAAAAACAGGCACACCUGCAAAGACAGCUGCAGAUUCAUCUGCAAAAACAGCUCCAUUCACAGCUUCGAAAAUAGGUGCAGCCACUCCUACAAAAACAGCUGUAUCAGUAAAAAAUACUUCAACAACCUCUGAAAAAACUGCUGCAGGGGCAACAACAGCAAAAUCCUCAGUGUCAGAAAAAACACCUGCAGCAUCGUCAUCAAAAACAGCUUCUUCAUCAACACCAGUGAAGAAACCACCGACAGAAGGGACCAAAGCUGCCACAACUGUAUCAGCAGCAGUAACAACAUCUGCAUCAGCACCAAAAAAAACAAGUGCAACUACGGCAUCAUCAACAACAACAACAACAACAACAACAAAAACAGCGGCUGUAGCAUCGUCAUCAACAACUAAAGAUUCAGCAGCAAAAACUCCAGUAAAGACACCUGUAACGACAAGUUCCUCCACUCCCGCCAACACUAAGAGCACGAGCAGCAGCAGUAGUAGCAGUACUGCGUCCAAGAACAGCUCCAACAUCACUACCAAUGUAACAUCUACGACGACGACCACCACCAGCAGUAGUAGUAGCAGCAGCAGCAGCAGCAGCAGCACACCCUCUACCAACUCCACCUCAGUCACCUCGAAUACAACAAGCACAUCGUCCAGCGAAACAUCAGUUUCAAAUACAGAGGUCCGACCGAGCGACAGCAGCAGUAGUAGUAGUAGCAGCGGCAGCAGCAACAGCUGCAGCAGCACGGUGAACAGUAGUUCGUUUAGCCAAAUGAACGGUCACGACAAUCAGAAGGCUGGCCAAAAGGACAGGCUUUUGGAAAAAGCGGAAACUCGGACUAUUCCUGUCGACCAGCCACAGCAGCGAGACGAUAGCUUAGGCAAUGAGCAAAUAAGUGGUCAAGAUGACCCGUCGUUACACGUGGUGGGCAGCUCUACCAGCCGGUCUGGACCUCAGGUAGCCAACGUUUUAAAACCCUAAAGCUUUCAUCUGUUCUAUCACCAAUCACCAUCACCUUGCUACGCUGCCGUCUCUCUAAAUUCCUACGACUGGUUUCCUGGUUAUUGUAUUAUUUUAAAAAGACAUUUCUUUUUUUUUUUACUGUCCGUCUGUCUCUCUCUCUCUCUCUUCUGUAAUAUCUGAUAGACUCUUUUAUUUUAUUUUAUUUAUAUUUUUUUUUCCUUUCAAAAAAAAAAAAGAACAACAAAACAAAACAAAACCAACAACAAUCUCUGGUUCUCUCCAUUCUCCUUCUUACCUGUGCCCCUUUCUCACUCUCUUACUCUCUCUCCCUUCCACUCGUUUUUUUUUUUUUUACCAUUUGUUUAUCUCUCUCUCUUUAUUGUCCACCACCACAACCACCACCACCACUAUAUCACCACCACCACCAGCUGUCUGACUGUAAAACUCCCCCUCCCCCCAGCCCACUUCCGAACCAUUUUAUUAUUUUUUUUUUUGUUUUUUCAAAAAACAUGACUGGGUAAUAUAGUUUAAUCGAAUGUGGAUCUGCUGUUCUGUUCUGUGUCUAAAGCCAUACCAGCAUAACAUAAACAUCCGUAAACAUACCAACAUACAUACAUACCUUACAUACAUAGACCCAACUCCUUGAUCCUUUUUUUUUGUUAUUGAUCAAUCAUAUCAACCAAUUAUCAAAUUAAUGUUUAACUGAAAAGAAAAAAAAAAACAAUAAAUAAAUCUAUGUAAUUAUUUAAAUAAACAAACGAAGUCCCAGAUUUGAUCCGUUAAAUCCUUCCCUCUUUCUAGAUGUCAUAUUAUUAUUACAACUACUAUUGCUACAUUUUUAAAAGAAAUCAUCCUGAUUAUUAUUAUUAUUAUUAUAUUUUAUUAAUAAUGAUUUAUAAAGAUUGACGUAAACUCUUCACGAAGGUAAAUAGACAAUAAGAAGGGUGUGAUGUGAUUUGUACACAGAUUGUUUACUUAACGUUUUGAAUAAUACCUGUUGGAAUAUUGUUCAAACCAUCAAAUAAACAAUCUUUAUCACAAA